AUGGCCCCCUUUACAGAGUUCAAGCUUGUUCGUGUCCUAAACCUUCAACUAACUGGUCAAGGCCACCGUGAUGAUGAUAUAGCAGACCUCACUGGGAUUUCAGAAAUGUUUCAACUGAGAUAUUUGAAGAUUGCAUCUGAUGUCUGCAUCAAACUGCCGAACAAUGUGCUACAGUACCUGGGAACACUGGAUAUUACAGAUGCAAGAUUUGCUCCUGUUCCAUGGGAUGUGAAUUUUCCACGGUUGCUGCACUUGCACCUGAGUCUUCCUGUCCAGAGAGAUCUGCUGGAUUGGGUGGAUAGAAUAGGGUCUCCCAGUUUAAUGAGCCUUGGCACGCUGAACUACCUGCAGGAGCUUCAUCUUACAAUUUCUUCAUUGUCUACUUUCAAGCAUGUGGUGAAAAACAUGGAAGCUCUGGGUUCUUUACUUGGAGGUCAUGACAACCUGAAAUCUAUAGCAGUGGCUCAUGCCUCACCGGUUAAAAAUACCGCAGCUUCAAAAACAAACAUUUUAUGGGAUUGUAUGGAACCUCCCCCCCUUCUCCAGAGAUUUGAAUUCUCACCACACAUCAGCUGCAUAUUCUCACAGGUACCUUCGUGGGUUGGAAAACUUGGCAACCUAUGCAUUUUGAAGAUUGCAGUGAGGGAGCUGAUGAUGAAUUCUGUCAAUAUUCUCAGAGGAUUGCCUGCCCUGACUGCUCUAUCUUUGUAUGUGGAGACAGCGCCUGAUGACAAUAUCAUCUUUGACAAGGCCGGGUUCUCAGUUCUUAAGUACUUCAAGUUUACGUUCAUGCGGGGUAUAGCUUGGGUAAAAUUUGAGGCGGAUGCAAUGCCUAAUCUCUGGAAGCUCAAGCUAGUUUUCAAGGCCAUCCCCCCAAUGGACCAUCCCCAGUGGAGAACCUAUGGACAUGGUACAGCAUUAAUCAACAUCGAUUAUAUGCCAGGCCUUAGAGAGAUCUUCACAAAAUUUGGGGGUACAGCUGCUGAUCUGGAGUAUGUCACGAGGAUUGGCAUAGCUAGUAAUCAUCCAAGCAAUCCUAUAAUUGACGUGCAAUUAGUGGAUUCUGGUUCCUAUGUUGAUGAAAGCACCGAGACUGAAAUAACAAGCACACAUGAGAUUUUGGAGGAAAAACCAGAUGUGAUAAUUAAAUCUGGUUCUGGGAAUACUAGUCUAGGUCGGUGAUUAAGCCUUUGUAUUCAGGUGCUAUAAAUAAAUUGAUAAUCAAUCUGGCAGAGCAUAAACUGGUGUCCUAGC